ACGUUGCUACGGGCGACGGCGCAGGCGCGGCGUAGGAGCGGCAGUUUUUCGCCUGUCAAACUGGUGAGAAUCCAUUUCUGCAAGGCUUCAUUUCUGACAGAUCACAGCUGAGCUGAAUAAUGGAUCGUGGUGAUUUGUUGGAGGAGGAGAUAUUGGUCACCAUUUUGGCACUCCUAUCCCAUCUCAACAGCCUCCUGGAGGCUGCUGUGGCAGCUGCCACCAGAUGUCUACAUUUGGUGCGCCAGAAUAAUUACAACACUCAUACUGACUGGAUGGUCCUUGUUUCGACUCCACAGCGGCCACGCUACUGGGUAUACCCGCACAGGUCCAUGGACUGGUGGAAAAACUGUGUGUUGGCCCAGUGGGAAGACAGCCGGUGGGUGCGAAAUUUUAGGAUGUCCCGCAGGACCUUCAUGUGGCUUGUUGACAUCCUGAAGCCACACCUGUUCCACCAGGACACACAGAUGCGUCAUGCGUGGCCAGUGGAUCUAAGAGUCGCCAUGUCUCUCUGGUAUCUGGCUAACAAGAACUCAUUCCGGGAGGUGCAGGAGCAGUUCGGGGUUGGGCUGACUACUGUUGCUGACGCGGUCCACGAGUUCUGCAUGGUAGUGGAGGAGGUCCUGGUUCCCAGGUUGGUCAAACUGACAGACCCAAUGGAGCAGAUCAUGCUGGGGUUCGCUGAAAUUGGAUUCCCUCAGUGUGUUGGCGCUGUCGAUGGCUGCCACAUCCCCAUUCAGAAUCCAGCUGACUCGAAUGGGGAAUACAUUAACAGAAAAAAGUUCGCAUCAAUCGUCUUCAUGGCCAUUCAAGUGACCACAGAGGACGCUUCUAUGCUGCAGAGGCUGGAGAAUCUGGAAAAAGCCAUGACGCCUACAUCUUCAACGGGUGCCACUUCACUCCACGCCAUUGAUCGUGGGGCCUUCUUUCCAGCAACUCCAUCUCUGGUUGUGGAUGGGGUAGCUGUCCCCCCCUUGGUCCUUGAGAUGGGGCCUUUCCCAUGCUGCAAGUGGCUGGUGACGCCGCAUAAGCCAGUCCACAAUGCAGGCAGUUUAAUCGAAGGUUGUCACUGGCUAGAUGCACACAGAGCUUGCCUUUGGUCGAAUUGA